AAAUAUGGUUCCCACUUAGUUUUGUGUCGAAACGUAAAGUGAUAAUUACUUUCAAUGUGAUUAUUUGUUUCCUUUAAAAUUAAGGUUUAAACGGAUAUACUAGGCAAGGGCUCAGAUCAUGGAAGCGAGUGCAGAAUCUGGACGCAAACUGCGCUCCAUCUGCCGGACAAUGUAUGACGAAAACGAGGACUUCUCUGACGUUGAAGAAAUUGCAAAUGUCAGGGGUUUCAAUCUGGAGGAGAAACUUGUUAGCGACUCAUACAACACACAUUUCGUUCAGUUGAUGGAUGGCAAAGAUUUCACUUAUGAGUAUGUUCAGAGAGAGGCACUUCAGACCCCUCUUAUUUUCAAAGCCAAAGAUGGACUGGGAAUCAGAAUGCCAGACCCGGAGUUCACCGUCAGUGAGAUUAAAGGUUUGGUUGGUAGCCGUCGUGCCGUUGAUGUGAUGGAUGUGAGCACCCAGAAAGGCUCUGAGAUGAGCAUGGCCCAGUUUGUCCGCUACUAUGAGACGCCUGAGGAAGAGAGGGACAAACUCUUCAAUGUUAUCAGCCUAGAGUUCAGCCACACCAAACUGGAGAACCUCAUCAAGAGGCCUACUGUGGUGGAUUUAGUGGACUGGGUGGACAACAUGUGGCCCCUAAAACUGAAACGAAGACAAACCGAAGCCACUAAUGUCAUCUCGGAGAUGAAGUACCCCAAAGUACAGAAGUACUGUUUGAUGAGCGUGAAGGGCUGCUAUACUGACUUCCACAUUGAUUUCGGGGGCACGUCUGUGUGGUAUCACGUUUUCAAGGGAGGGAAGGUGUUCUGGCUGGUGCCUCCGACGCCUCAUAACCUUGCCCUGUAUGAGGACUGGGUUCUGUCAGGCAAGCAGAGUGACAUCUUCCUGGGAGACCGUGCAGAUGGCUGCCAGAGGGUGGAGCUGAAACAGGGCUACACCUUCUUCAUCCCCUCUGGCUGGAUUCAUGCAGUCUACACCCCCGAGGACACGCUGGUGUUUGGAGGCAACAUUCUGCACAGCUUUAACAUUCCCAUGCAACUCUCCAUCUAUGAGAUAGAGAAUAGGACUAAGGUUAAUUCCAAGUUCCGCUACCCAUUCUACCAUGAGAUGUGCUGGUAUGUCCUGGAGAGGUACGUGCACUGCCUGACCAAGCGCUCCCAUCUCACUCCGGAGUUCCGCAGAGAGCCUCUGCUAAUCGACUUGGAAACUAAGCUGAGCACAGAGAGCCCCUCCUCUGACUCCCGGAGUCAGGACAUGGACGAGGAGGACUCCUGCGAGACGCAGCAGGGACGAGAUGAACAGGGUGACAGGUCAGCAUUUGAUGAUCCCUGCUCUCCUGAUAACAGGAAGGGUAAAUCCAGCGGCCUUCGACAUCUCAAAGCUGCCUUGUCCAAUGAUUCUGAGGACAGCUGCAUCCCCACCUCCACCCAGCCUCCAGAGUUCCCCAAAAACCCCUUUGGCUCGCCAGUCUCAGAGUCUCCGAGUAAAUGGACUCAUCUGACUGAGUUUGAACUGAAGGGCCUCAAGGCCCUUGUGGAGAAACUGGAAGCCCUCCCUGAAAAUAAGAAGGGUGUUCCAGAUGGCAUCAAGGACCCCCAGGCCCUGCUGGAGGACAUGAAGGUUGUCUUGAAGGAACAUGAAGAUGAUGACCCCAAAAUGGCUGCCACUGGAGUACCUGUGGUGUUCUGGCCUAAGAAGUCUGCCAAGCAGCAGCGGCCUCCCAACAGACCCAAACCCAAAAUGGCGGCCUCGUCUCCUGCGGCGGCAGUCAAGCUGUCGGCUAGCCGGAGCACGUCUGGCGCCCGGAGGAGGAGGACGCGUUGUCGGAAGUGCGAGGCGUGCCUGAGGACAGAGUGUGGAGAAUGCCACUUCUGUAAAGACAUGAAGAAGUUUGGAGGGCCAGGUCGCAUGAAACAGUCCUGCAUCAUGAGGCAGUGUAUAGCGCCUGUCCUGCCCCACACAGCGGUGUGUCUGGUGUGUGGAGAGGCAGGGAAGGAGGACACAGUGGAGGAAGAGGAGGACAAGUUUAACCGCAUGCUCAUGGAGUGCUCCAUCUGCAAUGAGAUAGUCCAUCCUCUCUGCCUCAAGGUGAAAGAUUCCGGUGGAGUUGUAAAUGACGAGUUGCCAAACUGCUGGGAGUGUCCAAAAUGCAACCAUUCAGGGAAGACAGGGAAAGCCGUCAAGCAAAAAAGAGGACCAGGGUUCAAGUACGCGUCCAACCUUCCCGGGUCGCUGCUGAAGGACUCACGAUUGAACCGUGACAUCAAGGAAGAGCCCGACCCGCCCAGUCUGCCAACAUCACCCACUGGGACCACGGCAACCGUGACCACAGUGAAGAGGAAGGCGGAGCGUGAUGACACCCCCAAAACGAAAGCAGAGGAAUCUCCUCCUCUGAAGAAACGUUCUCCCAUGCUGUCUCUGGGCGGGCUGCCCCGACCAAGGCCUGAGGACAACCCUCUGAGGAAGAAGAGGAUGCUGUUCGACAUCAAAGAUGAGGACGAGCCUCCUGUUGUCAAGAAAAAGAAGAAGCCCCCAAAACCUGAAGACCUUUUGAUCCCCAAGCUGUUAAAGACCAUCAAGCAAGAGCAAGUAGAUGAGGACGAAGAACACAAAGACCAUGAAGAUGAAGAGGAGGACAGAUGCACAGGGGACAGGGUUGCAACUAAAGGGAAAAGAGAAGAGGAGGAAGAGGAUGGAGAUGAGGAGGAGGAGAAAGAUGGUGGUGUAGAGGACAGUAAAGACGGUACAGUAAAGACUAUGCUGAGUCCACUGCUACGGACGUCUACGGCCAGAGAGAGUGACCAGUCCUGCUCCAGCUCUCCCCGGGCAGGGCCCAGCAGUGAAGGGUGCGAUGCCCCAGAGAAGACACCUGGCCAGCUGAAGGCACGCAAGCACCGCCGCCUCCCCAACAAAGAGCUGAGCAAGGAGCUGAGCAAAGAGCUCAAUCUGGAGAUUCAGAAGACCGAGGACUGCCUGGCCAAUCAGAACCGCAGACCACUGAAGAGGGAGGACAGCCCAGCCAAUAACAGCCGUCGACCCUUGAAAACUGAGGACUCCUCGACCAAUCCGAACCGCAGACCACUAAGAAUAGAGGACUCUCCUGCCAAUCAUAACCGCAGGCCAAUUAAGACUGAGGAUGGCCUAUCCAAUCACAACCGCCGGCCAUUGAAGAUCGAGGACAGGUUAGUCAAUCGGAAUCACAGGCCAAUGAAGACAGAGCCUGAGAGCGACGGGGAGGAGCCUAAGCCCAAGCGGCCACUCAACAACUGCACCAGUGACCUCGGAGACUGGCUCCACCCCAGGGGGCGGGAAUUAAAUGGGACGGCACGCCAGCUCUCUCCCCUGGGGUGGAGCCGCAGCCCUCCAAUCACACCCAUUUGCCCACGCCCCCCUCCCUGCCGCUCACCGCCCAAGUGUGUCCAGAUGGAGCGUCACGUGAUCCGGCCGCCUCCCAUCAGCCCCCCGCCAGACAGACUGCCCCUGGAAGACGGACAGACCCACAUGAUGCACAGGGAGGUGUGGAUGGCCGUGUUCGGGCACCUCGCACACAGAGACCUUUGUGUCUGCAUGCGCGUCUGCAAAACCUGGAACAGAUGGUGCUGUGAUAAGAGGCUGUGGACGCGGAUCGAUCUGAACCGCUGUAAGUCCAUCACUCCUCUCAUGCUGAGUGGCAUCAUCCGCAGACAGCCUGUGGCUCUGGACCUCAGCUGGACCAACAUCUCCAAGAAGCAGCUCAGCUGGCUCAUCAACAGGCUGCCAGGUCUGCGGAUGCUGCUGCUCUCAGGCUGCUCCUGGGUGGCUGUGUCUGCCCUCUGCACUGCCAGCUGCCCACUGCUGAGGACCCUAGAUGUCCAGUGGGUAGAGGGGCUCAAAGAUGCCCAGAUGAGGGACCUGCUCUCACCCCCCACAGACAACAGACCAGGUCAGCUGGACAACAGGAGUAAGCUGCGGAAUGUGGUGGACCUGCGUCUGGCCGGGCUGGACAUCACAGACACCUCCCUGCGCCUCCUCAUCCGCUACACGCCCCAGCUGACCAGACUGGACUUGAGCUACUGCAACCACGUCACUGACCAGUCGGUCAACAUCCUGACCGCUGCUGGCACCACCACCAGAGACUCGCUCACUGACAUCAACCUCUCCGUGUGCAACAGAGUCACGGACCAGUCGCUGACCUACUUCAAGCGCUGUGGAAGCAUCUGUCAUAUUGACUUGCGCUACUGCAAGCAGGUGACCAAGGAGGGCUGUGAGCGGUUCAUUGCUGAGAUGUCAGUGAGUGUACAGUUUGGACUUGUAGAGGAGAAACUACUGCAGAAACUCUGUUAGUGGUUGAGAGAGACUGCGCUGUAUGCACUCGCUAGUUAGGACACUCGUUAGAAUAAGGAACCGUCAAGGGUGGCGUUAUCGCCAUGGAGAAAGUGUUGUAUUUGACAAACAAUAAUGUUUUCCAAAACAGGAUUUUCAACAUGUAAGGCCACCUGGCAUUACUGGACAUUUGACAAAGUUUUCCCCCCCGUUUUGUCUCUGCCAAGAUAUUGAAGUUAUUUUUUUAUUUCUGCAAAUGAACAGGCAGUGUAUGUUCACAAUGGUUAAGAUUUGCUUCUUUUGUUUAGUAUGUACUGUUGUUGCAGUGCACAGUUUAUGCAUUACACAUCAAUAUUUUUGUAUCAGAAAGUGUUUCGUACUUUUAUGUGCAGUGUUGAAUGCACUGGUUUACAGUAUUCAAUCUCUCUGUUUUUAUUAUUUAGACUGUAGAUUUAUGCCAAGAGCAGUAGCUUGUUUUCUGUGCGGCUGUUUUAUAUUUAAUUUAUUUAAGUGCUGAUGUUCAGUUUUAUGCGUGUAAUUGUCUGUACAGUACAGAUAUGUUCUCCUUUUCAUGUUUUACUCAACUUAAAUUUGUAAAUAUCUAGAAAAUAAUCUAUUUGUACUGUUUGACAAAUAAAUAUUACUGUCCUUUCCAAGGUUUAUCAAGUCCGUAUGAGUAGGCACCAGUGACUGUUUGCAAGAGGAAGCAUCAUACGGCUGAUUCAAAGUCUACUACUGCAUACCAAGAAUCUGUCUGUUUCCAUAUACUAGGCCGGUGUGACAUUAUCAUGGUCUGUGUUGUUUUUUUACAAGGGAUUCUCACACCUAUGGAUGCCAGUUUUAAGUAGACACUUGCUUUUGAAUGAAACCAAUACAGUAUGUACGUACACUGAGUGUACAAAACAUUAGGAACACCCUCAGAACAGCCUCAGUUUGUCAGGCCAUGGACUCUACAAGCUGUCGUAAGCGUUUC